GUGUGGUUGCUAUACAGCAGCCACACAGUGUCUGAAUGAUUUUACAAGUAAGAAGAGAUCAGAACGCGUUGCGAUCUCAAAAAAAAUAGCAGUGAUUAUGAAUGGACAAGAAGACAACAUGAUUAUGAUAAUUCGAAUGGAGAAGCUUUUGGCGGGCAUUUCGAGCAAAAUACGCGAGUCGACUGGAGAAGAUGGUACUCAAAAUUCGUCUCUGGUUAAAAAAAUCAUAGAUAGCAUCGAGCUUUUCAGGAAGUCUGUUGUAGCUGAAAUGAAAAAGACUCCCGAUGCAACACGCAUGAAUACCAUCAAAAUGCGAGAUUGUCAUACGAAAAUAGCGGAAACUUUGUUGGAGCUUGAAACAUUGCAAAAUAUUUCCGAGGAACAAAACUCGAAUUCUGAAAUGUUCCUAAAAGAUAUCACAACCUGCGUAAACAAUGAGGAAAAAUUGAUGGAAAGUAUCAAAGAAAUGUCGGAAGCAAAUAUAUCAAAAGAAAUAGAGAAUUCAACGUCAAAGAUGGUGAAUGUAAAAGAGCAAGAGGAAGCACGGCAGAAAUUAUUGCAAUCAGAAAUAGAUUUAGCCGAAUGGCGACUACACAACGUCGUAGAAUUCAACGCCGCGACUGAAAAGAUACUUUUUGACAAAUGUUCUGAAGUCGAACAGGAAUACACAGAUCUUCUCUCAAAAUACGAUCGUGAUAUCGGUGCAUGCCAUUCUUUGCUGGAAAAAUUGUCCAGAGAGAACGAACUUGUUAAGGCAGAAAAGAAAGAUAUGGAGGAGAAAUUGGCCGUGCAACGGGAGUUGUACAAUCGAUUAAAAAAGGAGCGAGAAAUUACCCUGAUGAAAGCUUUCACCAAAAAACUGGAAUUCUUCAGACGAAAUCGAGCUGCUAAAGUUAUUCAAAGGGCAUGGAGAGCUUACUUUGAGCGUAUUUCUCUGAAGAAACGAAGAAAAACUAGAAAGAAAUAA